ACACAGCAUACGAAGUACAGUUGCUUUCCAGACAUCAAUGCCCAUCUAUCUUUUCGAGGCUCAGAGUCUCGGUAAUCUUUGAACUUGUGGCGUCAAACGUACCGUCCUGCCUGCCAUGCAGAAUCUCAUCUUCCUUGGCAUCGCAUUUGCUGGAUUGUUUGGUAUCAGAUAUGCCUUCAAAAUAUUCAUUGCACGACGAGCAUAUGUUCAAGCCAUGCACCGAAAUGGCUGUAAGCCAGUGCGUAAAUGGCUACGCACAGAUCUCUUAUUUGGCCUUGACCGGAUUAGACGAACGAAGAAAGCGAUGAAAGAUGGAAAUUUACUCGAAGUCACCCGUCAGGAUUUUGAGGCCUGCGGGAAAACAUUUGAAACUUGCGUCAUGGGGGUGAGAACGAUCUACACAAUGGAGUGGGCAAAUAUACACACAGUCCAAUCAGUCGAAUUUGAAAGUUGGGGUGUCCGACCUCUGCGCGCAAGCAUUGCUGCCAUGAUGGGAAAUGGGAUCACCGUCUCCGAUGGUCCAACUUGGAGCCACGCAAGAAAAACAUUAAGACCAAUCUUUCAGAAAUCCCAAUUCAAGGAUUUGGAGAAAAUGGCGUUUGAGAAACACCUGUCGAGAAUGUUGAAGCGUAUGCCGAAUAACGGUUCCGCUGUCGACUUACAGAAACUCUUUCAGAGAAUGUUUAUCAACGUGUCGUUGGAAUACAUCUUCGGAGAAACAAGAUUUUCGGAGCUUGAUGAUUCCUCGCCAGACGCCGAUCAAUUCGUGGCUGAUUACAACAAUGCAGUCAAGACCAUUGCAAAAAUGAGGGGAUUUGGCAUGAACAUGCCAUAUGAUCUCUCUGCUAACAAACGAGCCUUGAAAAAAGCCGUGGAAAAGUUACAACCUUACGUCGACCAGCAGAUCGCUGCCGCCUUGAAGAAGAAAAAAGAACGUAUGAUCGAUCAACAAUCACAGCCCAACGAGUCAUAUGUGUUUGUCGAACAACUUGUUUACGAAACUGAGGAUCAAGGAUUUGUGCGAGAUCAACUACUCAAUAUAUUUUUCCCAGCCCGAGAUGCGUCUUCAGCAGGCGCGAGUUUUAUCUUUUUUAUCUUAACUCGGCAUCCAGAUGUCUGGGAGAAACUUCGGACUGAGGUUUUGGGUCAUGAGAAACCGAUGACAAGUCGAUAUUUGAGUCAUGUCAUAAAUGAAUGCCUUCGGCUCCUAGCUCCAGCCAGUCGCGCAAUUCGAACUUGCAUUAAAGACUGUGUACUUCCAUAUGGUGGUGGUAUAGACGGUCUUUCUCCAAUCUACGUCUCUGCUGGGACGAAUAUCGAUCUGCAUUUUGGUCAACUCCACAAAGACAAGGAUAUUUGGGGGCCAGAUGCAUUGGAAUUCCGCCCAGAGAGAUGGGAGAAUCUUGAUCCCAAACAGAUGCUAAUCACGCAAUAUGGGUAUUUGCUGGUGAGAAUGGCCAAGCUGUUCCAGAGGAUUGAGAACAGGGAUGAAGUGUUGGAAUUUGUCGAGGAACACAGCAUGACCAUAACAAGCCGGAAUGGUGUUAAGGUAGCACUAAUUCCAGACUCUAACUCGUGA